GGUUUGUUUUUGGUGAGGGAUUUCCUAGCUGUCAUCGGCAUGACACACUUACUGGGCUGCAGAGCCGAGCAACGGGACAGAGACACGGUGAGGAAGCCGCGAGGACAGAGUCGGACGAAGAUGAUAAUGACGAUGCGGGAGAGAAAAGCAGAUUAGAGCUAAUGAAGAUGAUGAUGCCAUCGACGGAGGGAUGUUCCUAGAGGGAAAAAGGAACAAUAAUAAAAGCUCUGCGGGUUUGGAGAACGGUGACAGUGAUGAUGAUGAUCAGGAUUAUUCGGUUGUGAGGACGGGGCCGCUCGGAGGAGGAUGCUCGGAAGAUCGGAGCGCUUCCCUGCUCAGUGUUGAUCAUUGUGCGGGUAAAUCUCGGGUAUCACCAAGAGUUUAACGAAGCGCUAUUCUGGGGAGGUGGGCCGAGUCCCGAGAGAGAGAGAGAGAGAGAGAGAGAGAGAGAGAGAGAGAGAGAGAACACACACAUCAUCGGACUGUAUGAUCAGACUGGGAUGUUGUUGCUGCUGUUGUCGGCGAUGUGAAGCGACAUUAAGGAGCUGAUGAAAGGACUCGUGCUUGCGUUUGGAAACAUUUCUACAUUUUUGCAGUUAUAUAUAUAGCAGCACUGUGUGGUAGAGACCAGUUGAAGUUGGCUUCCUGCCUGUUGAGAUGUGCCAAUAGGAAACACUGUGAACAGGGGUUCAUGCUGAUGAAAUUGAUCUGCUCAGUGAGCUCCAACCAGAGCCAUGGGGAGUACCCAGACUGCCGGAGUGAGAGGGAGUCAGGAGGGGAGGCGUCUCUCCUGGUGUCUCCGCUGGUGGUGGCGGGGAUCGUUAUAGGUCUGGUCCUCUUCCUCUCCUGCAUCACCAUCAUCGUCGGCAGCCUGCGCAAAGACAGUCGACUCCGAAACCCACACCUCCGAGCUAGCUACGGUCUGGAUGGUUUUUCCUAUGGAGGUUCAGUAGGAGAACUGAGAUCUACCUGCUUAGAAGACUUUCCUCCUGGUUUAGACUUUGAUUCAUACAGAGAGACUCUGUCACACGUCAACAACCUGUACACCGAUUCACCGCCACGUUAUGAUGAGUGUGUUGGCCCAGGUUCAACUCAGAUCUACAUACCAACAGACGACCCACCUCCUUACUCCCUUUUGGACCCCUUUCAGAGAGGGGCAGAGCAGGAGGAGCAGCCUAACUACACCAGUCCAGAUCCUUCUCAAUACUGUGGAGAGACCUCAGCCAGCGCCACCUGGUUCUCCCCCUCACACUACCCACUGGGACUACAGGAGCAGGAGCAUCAACACAUCGCAUCCAUCUCCUUCCCGCUGGAAGCGGCGCCGCCUUAUGAGUCAGUGUUGGCCGAGCAGCGACAGCCCCUCCCUCUCAUGCCAUGUGACCUCUAUAAACACCAAUCAGAGAGGGAGGAUGAUGGCAACUCCCGGCAACCAGGGGCAAACCAGAUCUUGUAGGAUAAUUAACUUGUUUCUUUCACCUGCAAUGUUGGUUGUCCCCAGAUGAAUUUAACAAACACGUGUGAUGUGGGGCACAAAACGAGGCGCUGCUGUGACACCAAAUAAUGGACAUAAAUGAGAAGCACACAUCUUCCACACAGUUACUAACACCUAAUAAGGCUGAAACUUUACAGACAUCAGCUUCUCAGUGUACUGAAAUGCAGCCAGGACUUCAGUUUUCAACAAUUUAACUACAGUUUGUUUCUGGACAAAAUAAAAACUCACUAAUUGCGUUGUACUGUAAUGUUUCUGGAAUGAAAGCUUCUCUCAUAAAAGGUUUGUCAUCCUAAUGAUACUCACUUGGACAAAGACUCACCUCCAUCUGGUUAACACCAUUGUCCAGUUCAGUUUUUGCCAUGUUUUGACUGUUAAUCUAUUUUUCUUGAAUGAGGACGGUGUAGAGUUUAGACCUCUACAACAUCUAUUCAUCACACUGUACAUGACGACAAGCUGACUUGUCUUUGGAAGAAAGACUGAGUCUAAACAAUGUCAAUGUGGUAUUUAGUAGUAUAGUUUAAGGUAUCCACAAGCAUACAGAGUACCCCCCAAACCCUUCUAAUUUUUUUUUGGUAUGAUCCUCACCUAAAUGAUGUUUUGGAUGAAAGUAUAUUUGUGCAUGACAUUGUCAGCUACCAGAACACUACUGCUGAUUUCCAGUCUCUAUAGUGUGUAAACAUUUAAAACAGUGUUCUGUUCUGUAGCUUCCAGUGUGGUGGUAGUGUCCUAAGUGGUUAGAAGAAUGACUUUGUGGUGAAAUGGUUGCAGACAUAAACUAAUUAGGAAAUGACCUGGACAGGAAAUAUCAACUCCCCCACCUUUCCAGUUAUGUCUGUUAUGUCUUUAAGAAAGGCAUUAUGAUGAUGUUAUGAAAGUCAGUGAUAAAUAUUUGCAACAUUCAUCUAUCACCAGAGAGGUAGUUUAUCCACCGUUGUACAAAUUGUCAUAACUCUUUCUAUCAAGGGCUCUAGUUUAUUAUCGAUUCUGUAACUGGACCCAAACAGCAAAAUGUAGCUGGGAGCCCUCCUGCUGAUGGGGGGAAUCGUGAAACAAAAAAGUGACACAUUAAACUGUAGACUUUAACACUCCAUUCACUUGAGAAAUGGAUGCUUAUGUCUUUGUCUGUUUCUCUCUUGGCUUGAGCCAUUGUGGAGUUUUUUCCCCCCUUAUUGCACUAAAGCUGUAGCUUUCCAGACAUCAGUUAAACCUACAGUAGAGAUAUUUUGUCUCCCCCUUCUGGCAGUGAGGGUAAUUACACAAUUACCUAUUAUCGAAGAAUGCUCAUAACGUAUGCCAACAGGUGAGCUUGCCCCGGGCUCCUGUUCAGAAAUACUUACAAAAAUACAAAGAAAUGUCCACAGUUCCAAGACAAUGAUCCAUCAUUUAGGUAGAGUAAAUGUGAUAGCUACAUAGCCUGCUCCAAAGUUAAGCAACAUCUGUGUCUGCCAUCAGUCCCUUCUCUUCUCUCAGCGCUCUCCAAUGUGUAAAAGCUACACCCAUGGUUAUCCCUGUUUCUUUUUUAUUUGGACCACUGGCUCUGCCAUGCUCAUAUAUUCAAGUUGCUUUAGUCUACUUUGUCGCUGAGGUUGCUCCAGAGCCACGUAGAGAGAUUGACAAGGCUUUAUUGGCAUGACUGAUUCAGAUUCAGAUUCAUUCUUUAUUGUCCUCAGUGGAGGAAAUUUGUUUUCACUGUCCGUACAAAGAGCACCUUAAACAUGGAUUCUUCACACAAACUACAUAUUGCACACAUAUACAGACAAUGUACACAUAUCUACACAUAACAUAUUUAUGACUGCACACAGCAUUGUCAAAGCAUAUUAAGACAAACACAUACAACCAUUAUAAACAAAACAAACAAUAAACAAUUCUCAAUAAGAAUACCUUCUCUCCACUGGACCUUAUUUUCAGCAGUAAAUGGAGCUCUCUUGUGCAGUUCUCUACAUGGCUUUGGGUUUUGUCCCCCCUUCAGCUCUGGCAAGCCAAUCUUUGCUGGUUGACGUAAAACACAUCACUACUGGUUUGCCAGUGCAGGAAUGUUGCCACAGACACCAGAUUUAAAAACUCGAUUGUGUGAACAUGUUUGGCUUGAAUGUAACAGAUGUUCAUUUAUAUGUCAAAGUCCUGCACUCCAGCUUUAACCUGCAUAAGCAACAAAUGGGUAAUUUAAAUAUUGAUUCAUUUUCAGAUUAUUUUCUUGAUUCAUUUAUUAAUCGUCUAUCAAAUGACAAAGAAUAGAGAAAAAUUUCCAUCACGAUGUCUUAAAGCCUCUUCAAUUUGCUGGGUUUUGUCUGACCACAGUCCAAAACACAAAGAUGUUAAGUUUACUUUCAAAUAAGACAGAAAAAAGUUUAGAAUUCUCACAGUUGAGGAAAGAAUGAUAAACUGAUUAAUCAACAAAUACUUUCUGCUCUAUUGUAAACAAAUUGACAUCCAAACAAAAUUUUCUUUUGCAUGUUUUACUACAAACUUUUUCAAAAACAGCAGAAAUUGUGAAUGUUUCUUUUUAGGUUGGCCAAAUGUAAACUAUAUGUCUAAUACAAAGCAAAUGUCUAAAUGCAACGAGUCUGCAUUAGAAAUGGAAUUUUUAUUUGUGAAAGUGAUGCAUCUCAGAAACUUUUUGAUUGAGCAAAUCUGCAAAACAUUGAGUACAUUCAAAAGUAGAGUAGUACGAAGGUCACAUAGUGCAGCACAAAUUACAAUUGCAGUGGUGUUGUAGAUGGGCAUUGGAGUGUCUGUCUUCCACCCUGGCAGCAAAGCUACCAUUCCUGUCUUAGUCAGCAAUGGAAAUUUUAAUAAAUCAUAAACACAAACUCUUCCUGACCUUAAUCAACAGGUUUCAUUUGUUUGCCUUAAAUACAGCUUAACCAUAGUUGAGUUAAAUGUUGUGCAUAUGUAGAUCAGUGCAUCUAACACCCUGGAAAAAAAGGUGCCCAAGAGCUAAGACCUCUACUAUGGCCACCAGAGACCCUGUUACACCUCCUUAAAGCUCUCUCUGUUUUAUACAAUUUACCAUAUUGUGACAAAGACAGAAGCAAAGGAGCAAUGUUUCAAUGUUAUGUGUUUGUGGAGGCAAAAGCUGGGCUAUCCAGGAGACACAUAACCAUUUAUCACCAUAUAUUGAAGCAGGAAGUACUUUGCAUAACAAUGGAACUGUAAUUUAUAAUUUUAGAAUAAUAAGUCCAGAUAUUUUUUUUGUACUUGUUCUUUAAUUUAGAAAAGAAGAGGUCCUUGUGUGACAUUGUUUUUGUGUCAGAAUAUGUGCCUAAUAGCCCUCAGACUGUUAGCUUGAACAUUGUAGCCAUAAUGUAAUAAUCUCAAUGCAACCAACCCAGUGCUUUGCACUGUUAUAUGUUUGGAUAUUUUUAAAAAGAAUUAGUUUACUGGUGGGGAAUGGGACAGCAUUAAUCGAAUCCCUGUCAAAUACAUUGUGAUGGCAGAUUUUAUUGUGUAAAAAAUGAAACAUUGUCUGUUUCAAGCUGUUGUUCCAGUGAUCAGCUUCAUGUUAUCAUUUGGUUCAAUUUGGCAGCUAUAGACAAGUUAACUUUACAAUUCACACCCUUAGUUUUGUAUUCCAGCAUUUAACCGCUUUCAAAUGCAAAUCAUUUAGAGUCACAUGUUAGUCAGUUUCAACACAAAUCUUAACAACUCUUUUGAUUAUAUUGUGAUGGAUCGACCAUCUGUAGAAUCACUCUUUAACCACCUCCAAUGUGAUUCUCUGUUUUUACUUUUAUGCCAUGUUUCUCCUCUCUCCAUGUUUACCUCUGUUCUCUCUUUUCUUUGUCUGUAUCUUUCUCACUCAACGAUCAGAGAAUCUUUAAUACUUACCAUUUCUUAUUUGCUAUUUGCAGAACCAUUUACUUUAAAUUCAAUCAGUUCAAAACAAGCAAACCACAAUUAAUCUGGUACUAAUGCACCACACAUUUUCAGUUUCUUGCACUGUGACUUUUAAACACAUGAAGAGAUAUUUUACUGAGCCCUAGGCCAAUUUGUGAUUUAAUGAUAAUUCUGUCAGUGUUGUAAUUAGAAUAGUUAUGCUAUCAGAAUAGUUUUUUAUCAUCUGGUGACAAAGGAAUUUAAUGUGUUCAUGUGAUUGACCUCAUCAAAUGACAUGCAACGCAAAAUACAUUAAAGAACCUGUGUAGUGCAGACAGGCUGUAUGACAAGAGGCCCAAUAUAUUCAGAGUGCAUUAAUACAGUACAUACUUAGAUAUAGCAUUAUAGCACUGGCAUAAUCAGUCCUGCAAAAACAUGUUCUCACAAGAAGAAACAGACAACAAACUCACAGAUUUAGUUUUUUGGAAUUUGGCAGAAGGGACUUUUAGUCUCCAGGAGAUCAACUGAAAUCUAAAACAUUUAAGCGUAGAGUUAUUCCAAAAAGGACAGAGGGACUGUUGCAGAAUCACGCUUUUACUGUAAAAUGGUGUUCAUUGGUUGUAUAACCAAAACCUUGAAACUGCAUCCCUAGUUCUGUCCUUAUAUAUAAGACUAGAGUAACUCUACUCUUGUAUUCAUAUAUGUAUUCUUAAAUUAUUAGUUGUGAUUUUUUUUAACUUGAUGUACGAGUAUUUUUCGAAAGUUCUCUACUAUAUUUGGAUACAUUAGAUGAAAAACUGUGACACUUCUAGUGACAUAGAUGCUUUUUUUUUUUACAUUUUCUUUUUUUACAUUUUUCCAAAAGUUGAUUCAGUUUUUCACAUAAUUCCAGAUUCAAGAGAUAUUUGUAUAUAUAUAUUUAAUAUUUCCAAAAAGCGCCACUCCUCAUUAUAAAAGCAUAUGAAUUUAUGUUUAUGUAUUAUAUAUAAACAAAGUCCCAUUUAUGUAUGUUGAAAACAUAAAUCACAAAAAAGAUCAUCCCAUCAUGAAUAUAGAGCUUUACACAGUAAACUCAGUUUAACUAUCGCCCACCAGAGGGUGAUGCAGAACUACAAUAUGACAUUCAGCUCACUUACCUGUUCAAGAACAAGCCACAGGAAAACCUUAGUUUGAAAGUGUGAUCCUGGACACCGCAUAAGAUAAUAAGAUCAUCUGGGUCUACUUUGCCAUGUUUGUGUAAGUAUUUAAUGCUUUCUUAGAUUAGAGUAAAGUAAAAUGUUCAUCAGGGUUAUCAAUAUAUUAGUAUUUGUUCAUUAAAAACACACACUGAGAACAAGUGUGAUUUUUUCCUUGUCAAACUAGAGAGAAGUAUUUGUCAGGUCGUUCCAGUUGUUUGCAUAUAAUUACUUUUUUUUAAGCACUAUUUUUUGGGUGCAUUCUCUGUAAGUAAAUGGUAUAAAUGUCGUAUCACUUCCCAUCUCUCCUCUCUCUUUCUUUCUUCGUCUGUCAAGACAACAGACGUCAUGUAUAUAUUAGGAACUGCGGUCUCUCUUUAUGUUCUGUAUUAGAGAUUUUGUUAAAAUAGUUUCUUCUGUAGAGAAGAAUGAAUAAAACUGAACUCUUAUAUGAA